CAAUGGUACGGCCCGGUGUUGAAAUUCCGAGAAUUGAGCUGCUGUGUUUCUUAGAACUGGAUUCUCAGAACUGGUGAUGCUCAGAGUUUCGAGGAAACUUUUACAAGAUUGUGAUAGCAUGGCCACGACUGCAGAUGGCUGCAUUCAAUUCACACGCCAUGCAGGCGACGUCCUGCUCAACUUCAACCGCCUCCGCAGCAGGAACAUCCUGACUGAUGUCACCAUACAGGUGGACGGACAGCAGUUUCAUGCUCACAAGGCCAUCCUGGUGGCCUGCAGUGGCUUCUUCUAUUCUGUCUUCAUGGACCCUGAGAACACAAACCUUAGUGCCAUCAGCUUAGACCCCAAAGUGGACCCCAAGGGUUUCUCCCUCCUGCUGGACUUCAUGUACACGUCCUGCCUGAACCUGAACGACAGUCUGGUCUUGGCCACCUUGAAUACAGCCAUUUACCUCCAGAUGGAACAUGUGGCCGACACCUGCCACCGAUUCAUCAAGUCCAGGCAUCAGAGUCUGGAUAUGCCGAUUGAAGAGGUACAGAACAACUCGUUACACCUGGCUGAGGGCGUCUCUGCUUUCAGGCCUGUUGAAGAAAAAGAACCAGACCUUAGAAACAACCACACAUCCAACACAACCUCCCUCCAGGAGUGCAAGGGCUACAUCCCUAAUGUUUUCAGGGGCAUCAACACCUCCGGCUCCUAUCACGUCUACGGUGACCUUCACGUCCCUGCCGGGAAGAUUGAAGGUGCUCAUAAGAUCAGAUGCUCGCAGGUACCCAGCCCCAGCAUGGCUCACAACGAAUCCAUCUCCCACUCUGUCCCGUCGCACCCCAGCUUCCCCUCCACUGUCAUCCGACCGGCGGUAGCCCACGGCAACCUUCAGCGGCCUGCUGCUUCCAUGGAGGAAGAUGGCGUUCAUCACCCACAGACCAGCUGUGUGAGACUGUCCCCAGGCUUCAGCAAAGGUGUCAUCUGUAGCCCUCAGAGCCCCCUCAGAUCUGACUGCCAGCCAAACUCCCCCACAGAGUCCAGCAGCAGCAGAAAUGCCAGCAUGAGCCUUAAACAGCCCUCAGACUGCCCCAAAGAUGCCAAGGCCCGCAACUGGAAGAAGUACAAGUUCAUAGUUAUGAACCAAACCCCUGAUGAGAAUGGAAAGGAGGUUCACGGAGGCAGCUCUGAUGUCGGAGCUGUUUCUCCUACGCUGAGCCCCUGCAGGAGGGGAGCAGCAGGUGGACACAGCGAGGAGCAGCCAGAAGAGGGAGCCAGUGAGCACCGAGAAGAAAUGUCUUCAUCUCAGAGUAGCGACAGCUGCAGCAGCAUUAGCCACCACAGAUGCUCCUCCUGUGGCUGUGACAGCCCUCGCUGCAUGGAAAUGGGUCACCUUUCUCCCGUCUCAUACAACGGAGAGGACACCACCAAGCUGCACUCAGAUUAUUCCUCCUCCAGUUGUGAAAACAAUGUUUAUUUCUGCAACGGAUGUGACUCCAAGUUCACAGAGGAAGAUUCCCUGAAAGACCACAUGGUCCAGGUCCACAGCGACAAGCCAUACAAGUGCGACUGCUGCCAGGCUGCCUUCCGCUACAAGGGCAACCUGGCCAGCCAUAAGACUGUUCAUACUGGUAAGAUUAGUGCGAAGCCAUACCACUGCAACAUCUGCGGUGCUCAGUUUAACCGACCAGCCAAUCUGAAGACCCAUACAAGAAUUCACUCUGGAGAGAAGCCAUACAAGUGUGAGACAUGCGGUUCCCGAUUUGUCCAGGUGGCCCAUCUUCGCGCCCAUGUGUUAAUACACACCGGAGAGAAACCGUACCCUUGUGAGAUUUGUGGAACACACUUCCGCCACCUUCAGACGCUCAAGAGUCACAUGCGUAUUCAUACCGGAGAGAAGCCUUAUCAUUGUGAAAAAUGUGACCUGCACUUCAGACACAAGAGUCAGCUGAGGCUUCAUCUGCGGCAGAAGCACGGCGCCGUCACCAACACCAAGGCCCAGUACCGCAGGUCUCCCAGCAACAUGAUCACAGGCCUGUUGAACACCUGCUGAGACGGCCGCAGACUCCUCAGUCUUUGUUUUCCUCUUUUCACCGGCCACCAUGCUGUCAAAAGUUUGUGUUUUUUCUUAAAUACAAACAGAAACAUAAAUAUUAUAUAUAUUUGCCCUUUAUGUAUUUGUAACGCACAUUACUUAAUGUAACUCUUUGGUAUUUCAAAGACUGUAGAAGUUUAUGCUUUCAUCAUGAAUGUCUAACAACAGAAUGUACAUCUUGAAUGUGAACGAGUAGGUAUUUCUCUAUUUCGCCAAUUAGUCAACAGACAGUGUGCAUUGAAGGACAGUCCUCCUUUUCAUUCAUACUGAGGGUCACUGUUACACUUUUGCUUCAGAUAUUGGCAUGAAUUUGCCCAGUAAUGUGGUCUUAUGCAGUGUUAUGUGGUUAUUUUUCAUAAGGCUGUUUCUGUAAAUAAGAUAAUAUAUAUUUUCAGAUUGCCGUCUGCUGGCAGAGUACAAAUAUAUUUACGUUAAGUACGUUUUUCUUACAUGCAGUAAGCUUCACUGACUGCCAGUAACACAAGAGCUUAUUAUUUUGCCAUGUCGUAGUUUGUGGUACAUACUGUAAUAUCGACAGAUCGUCAUUCAUUUAAGAAAUGGCUGCGUAUUGUACAUAUUUUCUUUUUCGAGUCAUUUCUCGGUUCAUGUUGGUAUUUUGCACAUACUCAUGAUGCUGUAAUCCAUAUAUUUUCAUACCUGUCAUGCAGAUAUUUCUACUUAAAAUGUUCUUGACCUUUUCAGUUUGUUAAACCCCAUUCCCAGCACUUGUUAUUUUCUUAUUUAUAUUUUCAAUUUGCUGCAUUCACUUACUUUUUGGUGCUGCGAUGAUCCAGUUUCCUCAGUGGGAUCGUUAAACUUUGUUUUGUUUUUUUUUACCAAACUGUACGUAUUCUAGCGCACUCAUACAAACUAGUGCCUUACAUUCAGACUUUUCGGUCAGCUGCUUUCCCAGACUAACUCUCAGUGCAUUUUUAGUUUGGACAGCCGCAGUAGUUACCUGCUUUUGUGACGCAUUUCCCAUUCGGUACUUGGCCCCGUUGUCGUGUAAGCGUGUCAAGGUACUGUUAUUUUGGAGACUUCUAAUCUGUUGUGUGUAGCUCUUGAAAUGCAGAUACACCAGGCCUCAAGCUAAAACACUCAGGAAUAAUAGUAAUAUGUAAGCAAGUGUCUUUGUAACUGCAGAUUAUAUAUAUGUGAAAUAUAUAUAUAUAAAACAUGAAAAUAAAAUGUAUAUUAUGUAGCAUA